AGCCAGCAAAAGAUGCAAGUACCGGCCUAAAUGGUAAAAACAUUAAAUUUUACUCCUAAGAAGAUAAUCAUAAAUGGUCGAAUUUAAGCUAGUUCACAUAUUCUUACAGUUCAUUUAAUUUGUUUGUUUCUAUUUUGUUGCAAACCUUUUGUUUUAAUUCUUAUGAUUAUAAUAAAUGUGAUCUGAUCUGCUCUUAAAACGUCCGCCGUGUGUGAUCUAAGGUGCCAUUAAUGGCUAUCAUUAUAGCAAUUAUGCCAUUAGUAUCAAUUCAGUAGGCCAGUGGCAACUACGCAGAAAAAGAUGGAUACUGGUGGAAAGAUAAUGUUAGACUGUGCGGAGCCUAAUUAUACAAGUUAAUCCUCUCAAGGAUUUUUUGAGGACAAAAUACUUGUAAAGAAAAUAGGCAAGUGAUGUUGAGGGUGAUUGGGUGAACCACCAUACUAUGUGGGUGCUUUGCUCGUUUUCUGAUUAGUUUUCUCAUUAUUAUUGAUUUCAAAAGUCGGGUUUAGGACCAAAUCCAUAGCAAAAAAGACAUGCAUUAUAUUCUUGACUAAGAAGAAUAGUCCAAUGAUAGCUUUUAAUUAUGGUACCUAAUUAAGUGAGUAGUUGGUUUGCCAACCAUAAUUACUCCUUUAUUGUCGGGAAGAAGACCUUCCAUCCUCCUCAAGCUCCCAUGACAAAUUAAUUCGUUAGUUCUGAGUUUCCAUAUUUGAGCUCUCUGUCACUUAACCUUCAACUUGAUCGACAAUUUUAGCUCAUGGACAAGGUUGAAUCCUCAUCAAAGCAAAUUUCAGAGCAUGAUGAGGUUACAGACGCAAAACGGCCAUCGAAUUCAACUUCAAACAAGAAGGAUACUGUUUCUCUCUUGGGGCUGUUUGCUGUAGCUGAUAAUAUAGACUAUUUUUUAAUGUUUGUUGGAAGCAUUGGAGCUUGUAUACAAGGCGCCGUGCUUCCGGUGUUCUUUGUAUUGUUUGGUCGUAUGAUUGAUUCUUUAGGAAAAUCGUCUUCAGAUCCCCAUAGAUCGUCUUCGGAGGUGUCCCAGUAUGCUCUCUACUUACUUUAUCUUGGAUUAAUUGUUUGGCUAUCAGCAUGGACAGGAGUAGUAUGUUGGAUGCAAACUGGUGAAAGGCAAACAGCUCGAUUGCGAUUAAAGUAUCUCCAGUCAGUUUUGAGGAAGAAGAUUGACUUCUUUGACAUUGAAGCCGGGGACAAAAAUAUAAUUUAUCACAUUUCGAGUGAUGCCAUGCUCGUCCAGGAUGCAAUAGGUGACAAGAUAUCCCACAGCUUAUGUUAUCUUUCCCAGUUCUUAGUUGGAUUUGCCGUAGGGUUCACAUUGGUGUGGCAGCUUACACUUCUCACCUUGGCGAUUGUUCCUUUAAUAGCCAUCGCAGGAGGAACUUAUACAAUAAUCAUGUCUACCUUGUCUAAAAAGAGUGAAGCUGCCUAUGCUGAAGCUGGGAAGGUAGCAGAAGAGGUUAUUUCACAUGUUCGCACUGUGUACUCAUUUGUUGGAGAGGAAAAUGCUGUUGAAGCAUACUCCAAGUCACUUGGCAAUGCUCUCAAACUGGCUAAGAAAACUGGGGUUGCGAAAGGGGUUGGCAUAGGCUUUACUUAUGGGCUUCUCUUCUGUGCUUGGGCAUUACUCCUUUGGUAUGCUAGUACUCUUGUCAUGCAUGGGGACACCAGCGGUGGAAAAGCAUUUGUUACAAUUAUUAAUGUCAUCUACAGUGGAUUUGCACUUGGUCAGGCAGCUCCCAACCUUGCUGCCAUUGCUAAAGGUCGUGCUGCUGCUGCAAGUAUCCUAAGCAUGGUGAAAGAAGAUUUUAACACUUCUAAAGAUUUGGAGGAGGGGAUUGUGUUACCAAGAGUCGAGGGAAAUAUCGAAUUUUGCAAGGUCUGUUUUGCUUACCCUUCUCGACCCACUACGGUCUUUGAAGAUCUGAGCUUCUCAGUAUGUGCUGGUAAAACGAUCGCAGUUGUUGGCCCUAGUGGUUCGGGAAAAAGCACUAUUAUCUCCAUGAUUCAACGAUUUUACGAUCCCACUUCAGGAAAUAUUCUAUUGGAUGGGCAUGAUCUCAAGAAGCUACAAUUAAAGUGGUUGAGAUCACAGAUUGGAUUGGUUAGUCAAGAGCCAGCAUUGUUUGCCCGAAGUAUAGCCGAGAAUAUCAUGUUUGGUAAAGAAGAUGCAAAUACGGAUGAAAUAAUUGAUGCCGCUAAAGCUGCCAAUGCACAUUCUUUUGUUCAGCAUUUACCUGAUGGAUACCACACUCAGGUCGGAGAAGGGGGAACUCAGCUAUCCGGAGGUCAAAAGCAGAGAAUUGCUAUUGCAAGAGCAAUAUUAAGGGACCCGAAGAUACUACUUCUGGAUGAAGCAACCAGUGCUCUUGAUGCAGAAUCAGAACUCAUUGUUCAGCAGGCACUAAAUUCAGUCAUGUCAAACAGGACAACAAUUAUUGUUGCGCACAGAUUAUCUACUAUCCGGGAUGUUGAUACAAUAGUUGUUCUUAAAAAUGGUGGUGUCGUCGAAAGGGGGAAACACUCAGAACUGAUGAUUAAAGGUGGGGAAUAUGCAUCUCUAGUUAGCCUUCAAGUGUCAGAACACACCACAAACCCUAAUUUGGACAAUAAUAAUACUGCAUGUAGACUUUCUAGUACUCAGAAACGCUUGGAAACUGAAAAACAUCAGGAGUUCAAGGCAAUCAAUGGAGAAUUGCAGCUGGGAAGUCAAAAUCUUGCGUUACCAAGCACUGUUUCAACGACAUCAGUAUGGGACAUAAUCAAACUAAAUGCACAGGAGUGGCCCUGUGCGGUUUUGGGGUCAUUAGGAGCAAUUCUGGCUGGAAUGGAAGCUCCUCUUUUUGCCCUUGCAAUCACACACAUUUUAACUGUAUUUUAUUCUCGUGACGAAUCUCAGAUAAAAAGGGAGGUCCGACAAGUUUCAUUCAUAUUUGUUGGAGUGGCUUUGGUGACUAUCUUCGUAUAUCUAUUGCAGCACUAUUUCUAUACCUUAAUGGGAGAGCGUCUCAUUGCACGAGUCCGCUUGUCAAUGUUCUCAGCUAUCAUUUCCCAAGAGAUUGGCUGGUUUGACAAGGAUGAGAAUAACACUGGAUCACUGGCAUCAAAGUUAGCAACUGAUGCCACAUUAGUACGAAGUGCAAUUGCUGAUCGUCUAUCAACUGUUGUACAAAAUAUAGCACUUGCAGCUACUGCAUUUGUGAUUGCAUUUGCACUAAGUUGGCGCAUUGCGUCAGUUGUGCUUGCUACCUUUCCUCUACUAAUUGGAGCUUUCAUAGCCGAGCAACUAUUUCUUAGAGGAUUUGGAGGUGAUUAUGCAAGGGCCUACUAUCGAGCAACUGCAGUGGCACGUGAAGCUAUUAUUAAUAUACGCACUGUUGCUGCCUUUGGCGCUGAAGAGCAGAUGUCAGUCCAAUUUGCAUCUGAAUUAGACCAACCAAAAAAGAACUCUCUCUUACGAGGUCACAUAUCAGGUUUUGGUUUUGGCGUAUCACAGUUCUUCGCAUAUUCUUCAUAUGCUCUUGGUCUUUGGUAUGCAUCUGUUCUUAUUAAGGAGAAAAAGUCGAACUUUGGAGACGUAAUGAAGUCGUUCAUGGUUUUAGUAAUUACUGCGUUGGCAGUGGCAGAAACGCUUGCACUAGCACCUAACUUUGUAAAGGGAUCACAAGCUCUUGCCUCAGUUUUUGAUAUUCUUCAAAGGAAAACAGCUAUAGACCCUGAUAGUCCCUCAUCAACAGUUGUCACUGAUCUCAAGGGACAUAUUGAAUUCAGGAAUGUGAGUUUCAGGUACCCUAGAAGGCCUGACAUUACCAUUUUCAAUGAGUUGAAUUUGGAAGUAUCAGCAGGGAAGAGUAUGGCAAUUGUAGGCCAAAGUGGUUCAGGAAAGAGUACUGUGAUUUCUCUGUUGUUGAGAUUUUACGAUCCGACAUCAGGUGCAAUUUUGAUAGAUGGAUUCGAUAUCAAGAGCUUGAAUCUAAAAGCGCUGCGAAUGAGAAUCAGUCUAGUGCAGCAGGAACCAGUAUUGUUCUCUACAACGAUUUACGAUAAUAUCAAAUAUGGGAAUAGUGGUGCAUCAGAAAUUGAGAUAAUGAAGGCAGCCAAAGCAGCAAAUGCGCACGGGUUCAUCAGUCGAAUGCCAGAAGGUUAUCAAACUCGGGUUGGUGAAAAUGGGGUGCAGUUAUCCGGUGGACAAAAGCAGAGGGUGGCAAUUGCGCGGGCAAUACUUAAAGAUCCAUCUAUUCUUCUUUUGGAUGAAGCAACAAGUGCUUUGGACACUGAAUCCGAAAAGCAAGUUCAAGAAGCUCUGAAUAAGCUUAUGUAUGGAAGAACGACAAUUUUGAUAGCACAUAGGUUGUCUACAGUACAAGGUGCCGAUACUAUAACUGUCCUUAAGCAAGGAGAGGUAGUCGAAAGUGGCAGCCACGAUCAGCUCAUUAGUAAUCCUGGAAGCAUCUAUUUUCAGUUGGUCAGUCUACAAUAUGAAAAGGGUGCAAAGACCUCAGAAUAAUUAGGAAAGCUAGGAGAAAUCCACUUUAAAACACGACUCUUUCUAUUUCUAUGCUUAAACAGCUACCCAAAAAAGAUAUGAAAAUAAUGGUCAAGAUCUGAUUCAAUUUUCAACUAUAUCAACUAUUAAAAUUUGAAGCCUUAGAAGAUUCAAGAAACAUUGAUGCUCAUCUAGAAAAGGUUUUGUAUAGAUUAACCCGCAGCUCUGAACACUUUCUUGCAUGAACUUGUUCUUAUUCCAGUUUUACAAUAUCAGAAGAAAAUGUAAAUAUUAAUUAUAAUUACAAACAUAAAGAUAUGAUUAUGUUUUGUUUCUGCUCA